AUCUAUCUUUCUUUCUCUGUCGGCGACCUUCUUCUUCUCCAGAUAAAAACCAACAGAAGAGAAGAAAAAGAAAAUCUGCGAAACGUGAGAAAUGGAAGGGAGAGAAUACAACCCAAACAUGAACCCAGUGACCAACAGGACAGCUUAUGCGGCGGCGCACUCGCCGUGGCAUUCGCCGGUGCCGUACUUAUUCGGCGGCUUGGCGGCGAUGCUCGGCCUCAUCGCCUUCGCUCUCCUCAUCCUCGCAUGCUCUUACUGGAAACUCUCCGGCCACAUAGACGGCGGCUCCGGCGAAAACCCUGACGGAGAGAGGGAUGUCGAGGCCGGAGACGGCGGCGAAACGAAGAAAUCUCAGACGCAGAUGCCGGAGAAGUUUCUGGUCAUAAUGGCAGGUAACGUGAAACCUACUUACUUGGCGACACCGGCUGGCAACAGUGACAGAACGAGCAGGUCUUCUUCGUUAAUGGAUACCGAAAAGAGUUGUACUUGCGGUGAAGACGACGACGACGACGAUGAGGAAGAGGAGGAGGAGGAGGUUAGUGAUCAGGUGAUGAGGUGGCAGAGCACCGGAGGAAACGGUGAGCCCACCUCUGUCGGAAGACGUUGAAAGCAGACAAAGCUGACCGAGAGAGAGCAUCAUCACGGGUUCAAAUCAAAUACAGUUAAAACAAAUGUUUUCGUUACGGUCCGUUUUACGGUGAGGGGAAUAUUUUUGAAACUUGGGUUAUUAUUUGGAGGGUUUGAUUUCAUUGUUUGUCAAUCUUAAGAUUAUUUAUCUUUAGUUGAUUAGAAAAGCCUUUUUUUUUCUUUUGUAAGCUUCCAAUUUUGCCCUUUUUAGGGCAAAUGGUGGACAGUCCGGCGAGUGUAAAUUUCCAAGGUUUGAAUUGUUUGUCGACACAGUAGAAUUUUUGAGCUGAAUGUUUUUAUUUUAUUUUUUCCUUUAAUUUAUCUUUUUGUAAAGAGAUUUUAUUCAUUUUACUA